UAAGUGCCGGCUGGAUUUUUGAAGUACCGCGCGGAGAGGGAGCCCUAGAAUUUUGGCUUAGUGACUACAAUGUGAAGGCACGUCGGUAGACACUUCAGGGCUGGUUAUGUAGAUGAUAUAUGGCAUAUGAAGAUGAUGGGUUAAUACUCUUGCAGACUUCUGGGCUUGAUUUAACUCAUCUGAAAAGCUGUGUGGGUGCCCCAGAGCGGAGGAGGGCUCAAGGUCCUGGGGGCUGUUCCUACAUCCAAAUGGCAAUUAAAAUAAGAAUGGAAGAGUUUGAUAGAUUGUAGAAUGCCAACAAGGAAACUUUCAACAUCUUCUGUGGAACUAGGAGCUCUGGAGACCCAAGUUCUCAGGAGUUAUAAAUGAAGAGACCUCUUUGUGAAGGAGUCCAGAUGUCUGAGAAGAAAUAUGUAAUAUGCUGAUGCUUCCUGCCUAAAAGUAUGAUUUAAGUCUGGAUGAAAUGAGAGCUUUGACCUUUCAGAGAGUGAAGUUUAUCAUGGGGCUACCUCUGUUAAAACGUGCGAUUCAGGAACAGGCAGAGAAAACAAAGAAUUUUGUCAGUCGAAGCCUGGUCAUAGGAGAAGUCCUCUCCAUAGCGGACAUGGCCACAGGAGUAAAGUGUGGAAUAAUUUAUUGGCUAUUUGGUGGUGCCGUCAGGAACCUUGGAAGUCCAGAACAUGUCACUAAGUGGCUUCAGCCACUCCAGGAGCAGAAAUACACUGGGAUGUUUGCAAUGACCGAGAGGGGCCAUGGGAGCAACGUGAGAGGGAUCCAGACUGAAGCCACCUUUGACCUCUCUGCACAGGAGUUUGUGAUCAACACACCAUGUAAAAAUGCUGAGAAGAUGUACAUUGGAAAUGCGAUGUAUGGGAAUUAUGCCGCCGUCUUCGCUCAGCUCAUCAUAGACGGAAGAUCGCAAGGGCCCCACUGUUUCAUUGUUCCUGUCCGCGAUGAAAACGGAAGCUUGUACCCGGGAGUGACAGCUAUUGAUAUGAUGUACAAGGAAGGUCUGCACGGUGUGGAUAAUGGGAUCUUAAUAUUUCACAAGGUUCGGAUACCAAGGGAGAACCUGCUGGAUAAGUUUGGUUCUGUGGCUCCAGAUGGGCAGUACCAUUCCCCUAUUAAGAACAAGAGUGCAAGAUUCAAUGUGAUGCUGGCAGCGCUGACCCCUUCGAGAUUAGCUGUGACUUUCCAAGCUAUGGGUGCCAUGAAGCUUGGGUUGACAAUAGCCAUUCGCUACAGCCACAGCCGGAGGCAGUUUGGGCCUAAAGCCAAGGAAGAAGUCAAGAUCAUUGAGCACCAAACACAGACCCUUCGGCUGAUGCCUCACCUGGCCACAGCUUUGGCCUUGACCUUUGCCAGCAGGUAUGCCGGGGUCCUUCUGGAUGAGGACAUCUUCCGUGGGAAGGAGCUUGUGGACAGUCGGCCGCUGCAGGCGCUGGUGGCGGGGCUGAAGGCCUACAGUACCUGGGAGAACGUCAGCUGCCUGCAGGACUGCCGCGAGUGCACAGGAGGCAUGGGUUACAUGAUGGAAAACCGAAUCUCAGGCCUAAAAUGCGACACAGAUGUGUUUGUGACUUUUGAAGGUGACAAUGUUGUUAUGCUGCAGGUUGUGGUGCGGGAACUGCUGGCUCAAUACACCAAAGAGCAUAAAGAGAAGCCACUUUUCAGCUGGCUCCGAAACUGUGCUGAGUCUGGGAGUGACAAGCUGAGAACCAGCUUCCUGGCGUUUAAUGUGGACACAGUCGAUAAUCUUGCCUUUCUGUUGAAAGCAGUGAAUUUUCGUGAAAGGGUUCUUCAGCGGAGUUUGGUGGCCAGAAUUUAUUAUAAGGUGAUGACCAAGAAAGAGGACUUUUUCAGUGCCUGGAACUCGUGUCUUCAUCAUGUUGCCUCCCUGUCUCUGGCACACAUCCACAGAGUUACAUUAGAGCAGUUCUGCCUGGCAGUGAGGAGCUGUCCUGGCCAAGAGGACCAGUCUUUGUUCAUGAAGUUUUGUCUGUUAUAUGGAACCAAGCUGGUGUUCCAGGAGCGAGCCUGGUAUCUAGAACAUAAAUUUUUGACUCCCAUGGCCAGCACGAGGAUUAGGAGUCAGUUGCUGGAUUUGUGCGACUCGGUGAAGGAUGAUGCCCUGAAGGUGAUCUCUGCCUUUAACAUUCCACACACCUCCCUCCACGCACCAAUCGCAGGAAUCACCAACGCGCAGGCCGCCUGGGCCUUCUACCCAGCACCGCUGCAACCCGAGCCCCGAGAAGGGGCGCGCUUUCAGCCGCCCAAGCUGGAAGCCAAGUUAUAGCGGGCGUGGUGCGAAGGGUGGUGGCUCGCUCGCAGCUGCCACGACACCAGCUUCUCUGACGCCUGGAACUGGGGCCAAGGCCGGCCUGGCAUGCGCUGGGCCUCGGCCCUCGGGGAUUUGGGUCGCAGAGCAGGCAGGGUUCUCACUGAGGCUGGCGAGACGCGGGAUGGGCUGUUGGGAAAGGGAGCCAGGCGGCAGCCCGGAACACGGGGCUUUAUUAUGUAACCCCGCCUGCCUGCAGCAACCUUUCCCAGCUUCCGCGCUGGAUCUCCCUAGACAUUGGACUCCCCUGCGAACGCGCCCCACACACGGGUGCCACCAAAGGUCUCCCGCGGUCAGCGAUGACUCAGAUUUACAGUGAUUUUGGAAAAAGCAUUGGUGCUGCGUGGAAAAAAAAAAA